CUAUGCUUAAAAAAGAUAAAAGAAGAUAAUCUCCUUAAAACAAGAUAAACCUCAGAUUGCAUUACAUUAAAAUAAAACGAGAAAACGCAAAACGCGCACCACCAACAAUUUCAAAACCAAAAAAACUUGUCUAUAUAUAACGUGAUUAACUCCUGCAUUGAAAAAUGACCUGGUGAUAAUUUCUUCUCAAUUCAAAUACAUAAAUAAAUAUCAAUAAAAUGGCGGGCCGCGACACAUUCCAGCUGCGUUUUGCAGCAGUCGCGGCAUCCGCCGCCGUAUUGAUCUUUCUCAUGGCUGGUCAAGUCGCGGAGUCGCGUAUGAUCAAUAUCUGCUCUCACACCGCGUAUCCAUCUUUGUGCCGACCUCUGGUGAAACGUGUCACGAGCCCUAGAAAAGCCACGCACCGAACCAUCCAAGCUUUGGAGGCUAAGACGAAACUAGCUCUAGCCGAAACAGCUAGGUUCAAAAACGGUAACCAAGCGGUCAGCACGUGUUACGAGACAUUGGGCGACGCGGUUUACAAUUUGGCAAGCGCGAGAAAGAGCAUAAGGAAACGUGAUGUGCCGGCGAUGAACACGUAUCUAACUGCGGCUGUGUCUGAUUACGGUGCAUGUGUGGACGGGUUCAUUGAAACACAACAGGUUAAUGCGAUCCAAAAUGCAGUGGUUGACUUGAGAAAAAUUAGCAGCAAUUGCUUGGCGUUGUCUACAUUGAUUAGAUGAUCGAUUUAAGAGAACAAUUGAUUUAAUUUUUCUCAAAACAAAAACUAAUUAAUUGAAGAAAUAAAAAAUCUCAAGCAAUUAAAAUUUGGGUUUCUUUUUGUUGUUUUUGUUUUGAGAGAGAUGUUUGUUGUUGAUCCAUCAUUCGUAUGUAACGCCACUGGGUGUAACUAAUUAUAUUUGAAUUUCGUGUAAUUAAUAAUCGCUAGUAGAUUUUUUCAUAUUCAAC